CCAUUUCAAAAUUUCGCUGGCGGCGGACUUCUUGCCCAAAAUUUUUCGCGUUAAUAUCUAGGAGCCUCUCCCCAACCACGAUUCUUUGGUAUCUUCAUUGCAACAUCAACCCAACGAAACAACCAUAAAUCACACACCUCUAGAUUCAGAUCCGCUCUCAACUUUCGAGAGCAUCUAAUCUAGUUAAUUUCAACACUUCAGUUUUUUUCUUAAAAGCUGUUGCUGUCGCAAAACCUUCGCUUCAUUUGCGGUCGGUUUUCGCAUUCUUCCCUACCCCACCAACUACCACCGCCUAUUUUCGAGAUUUCAGGCCGGGCGCUUGAUUUCUCGUCUUCUACGGAAACCUAACCGCAAUCAUGGCUGACAAGGGAUUGGAGGACAUCGAGCAGAGUCAAAUCGAGUCCAACUACGAUGAAACCGUCGAGUCUUUCGAUGAGAUGAACCUGAAGUCCGAGCUGCUUCGAGGUGUCUAUGCCUACGGUUUCGAGCGCCCCUCUGCCAUCCAGCAGAGGGCUAUCAUGCCUGUCGUCAAGGGCCACGAUGUCAUUGCUCAGGCCCAGUCUGGCACUGGAAAGACCGCUACUUUCUCCAUCUCCGUUCUCCAGAAGAUCGACCCCCAGCUGAAGGCUUGCCAGGCUUUGAUCCUCGCACCCACCCGUGAGCUGGCUCAGCAGAUCCAGAAGGUCGUCAUCGCCCUUGGUGACUUCAUGAGCAUCGAGUGCCACGCAUGCAUUGGUGGUACCAGCGUUCGUGAUGACAUGAAGGCUCUCCAGGACGGUCCCCAGGUCGUCGUCGGCACCCCCGGUCGUGUCCAGGACAUGAUCCAGCGUCGUUUCCUCAAGACCGACAGCAUGAAGAUGUUUGUCCUCGAUGAGGCCGAUGAGAUGUUGUCUCGUGGUUUCACCGAGCAGAUCUACGACAUCUUCCAGCUCCUUCCCCAGUCCACCCAGGUUGUUCUUCUGUCCGCCACCAUGCCCCAGGACGUCUUGGAGGUCACCACCAAGUUCAUGCGCGACCCCGUCCGUAUCCUCGUCAAGAAGGACGAGCUUACCCUUGAAGGUAUCAAGCAGUUCUACAUUGCCGUUGAGAAGGAGGAGUGGAAGCUUGACACCCUGUCGGAUCUUUACGAGACCGUCACCAUCACCCAAGCCGUCAUCUUCUGCAACACCCGCAGAAAGGUCGACUGGCUCACCGACAAGCUUACCGCCCGUGACUUCACUGUCUCGGCCAUGCACGGUGAUAUGGACCAGGCUCAGCGUGAUCUUAUCAUGAAGGAGUUCCGAUCCGGCUCUUCCCGUGUCCUGAUCGCCACUGACCUUUUGGCCCGUGGUAUCGAUGUCCAGCAGGUUUCUCUGGUCAUCAACUACGACCUUCCCGCCAACCGCGAGAACUACAUCCACCGUAUCGGUCGUGGUGGUCGUUUCGGCCGAAAGGGUGUCGCCAUCAACUUCGUCACCGCCGAGGAUGUCCGCAUGAUGAGAGAGAUUGAGCAGUUCUACAGCACCCAGAUCGAGGAAAUGCCGAUGAACGUGGCCGACCUCAUCUAAGCACCUCGUAUGCACCGUCGUUUUCACACAAAAGUUGUCUUUGUUUGCUCAUCGCAUAAGGGAUAAAUCGCAAGUCUUCGACAUUGUCCUGUGGAGGGCUUUUGGGGGAUCUGAUAGACUGGAGGGGGGAGUUUUUGCCUUUUCCGCCUACGAUUGCUUCAUGACUACAUGACCAGUAAUGAUAGGCGACAGGCAAACGAUCUUGAUGCAUGUGGAAGUCAUGGCUAGAUAUCUAGCGCCUAAUUUUGCACAACAGGUGCACGGUAUCGGUCAACUAAAACUCGUUGACUCGUGGUUGCUUUCUUUUGUCAUCCUUGUAUCUAGGCCACGAGUUCGCACCCGAAUAAAAACCUGGAAAAGUA